AAAAUCGGAAUGAUAUUAUACAUGAAAUAUUUUUGAGAGUUAAAGGCUCAAUUUAAUUCCUGAAUAGUUCAAGAAUUUGCUUUACAGACCGAAAAAUUUGUUUUUUAUUUUCCUCAUAAAGAGAUUAGUUCCAUCUUUCCAUCGCUAAUCUUAAUUAAUUUCUUAAGUUCUAAGCUUUCCUAAGAUCUCAAAUCUAUGUUAUAUUUUGUCCAUGGUGUUAUUGCUAUGUAAGCCAUUUUGCGAUAAUACGUUAUUUCUUAAUAUUGAAAUUUUUAAUUAUAUUUCUUUCUUGUAAGGUAUUUCACAUAAGUCAGACAAAAGCGUUUGAAAUACUUUUAAUAAGACAUCUACAUGAAAGUUUUGUGCAACUUGUAACAAAUGUUACACAUCCAGUGUGUUUAUGUAUAAAUUUGUAAUUUGUCAUAUAAAACGUGUGAUAUUGUGAUGAAAAUGAGCGGCGAGGAUGAUUGGGACGUAGAACGAUAUAAGACAGAACAUGAAUGUGACGAACAUUGGGAACUUAGACGCAAGUUUCUUUUAGCUCAUAAGGAUAAAUUUCCAGAAGAUGAACUUGUGUGUUUAGCUCAAGUAUUUACAAACGUGGAAUUGCUUGGGUGCAGAUAUCCUAAAGAGACGAUGCAAUUAAUUGCAGAGUUAGCUCAAGAUAUUGUUGGUGAAUAUAGAGAAAAACGAAAAAUUAAACUGCAAAGAAAAGUUGUGGAAGCUUCGGAUGCUGCUAGUUCAAAGGUUAAAGGAAGAAUUACUUCAACGUCUUCCAAUACAACCAAAACACCAGCACAAUUACAAAACACAAAGUUAUCACAUAAUUUAUCAUCUAAUAAAGUACCUGUGAAACGAAGGAGAUUGGAGGAGGCUCCAUUUGGCGAUAUUGUUAUAAUAGAAAGGGUUGGAGAUAUACCACAAAAUAUACUUACUAAUGCAGUCAGUGUGUCAGGUGGAAAUUUAGAAUGGAAAUUUGAUAAAAUUAAGGACUCUUAUAAAUGUAAUAUUUUUAUAAAUUCGAAACUGUUAGCGGAAGGUUGUAGUUCUAACCAAAAGUCAGCGAAGAAAGAAGCAUCCAUUUUUGGAUUACAUGAACUACAGAAGUAUUAUUAUACGAUCAAGAUUAAACACAAUAUAAAUAGGAAUGCUAAUGUAACUGCAACGACAAUGACUACAUUAAAAGAUGACGCUAUCUCUGAUGACAAUAUUGGAAGAAAAUUAAUGAAAUUAAUGGGUUGGACUGGUGGUGGUCUUGGUAAAUCACAACAGGGAAUAGUAGAACCUGUUAUGAUUCAACAGCAAAUGAGUAGGAAAGGUCUCGGAUUAAAGCAAAAUUCUUGCUCUGCAAAAGAUUUAAGAAAUAAAUGUAAAGACAUCAUGAGAAAGUACCUUUCAGGUGACAUGAGAAAUGAUUUAGUAUUUUCUGUCGAUUUUACAAGUGACGAAAGAGCAAUAAUCCAUCAGAUUGCAAGACAACUCGGUUUAAGGUCGCAUAGUUAUGGUCCCAAAAAUGAACGAACAUUGAUAGUUUCCCGAAAAAUAGACCCACAAGACCUAGUCGAGGAAUUAAAAAAUUUUGGGGGUAAUACUAACAAAUAUCAGUUAAUCGAGCCAACUGGACUGUAAAUAAAAUAAUAAACUUAUCUUUCCAUAUAUCAUAUAAAUUUUAUGCUUAGAUAUAAAUACCAGUUGCAAUAAAUCUAUGUAUUUUAUGAAAAUUAAAUUGAAAUAUAUAAUUCAAAACGUGCAUUUUA